AUGGGCGGCUUUUACACGGGAAAAAGGGAUAAAAACAAACAAACCUUCGUUGCGAACAGCAUCUGGUCCUGGUUUGGGUCUUUGCAUACUGUGCUUCAUUGGGCAGCGAAACACGGCAACGAGAACAUAAUUAAAGAGUUCGCCGGCAAUUACCAACUAGAUGUCAACGCCAAAACCGGUUACACACCUCUACAUAUUGCAGCUCAGUUUGGUCAUGAAUCAGUCUACCAGUUACUGAAACAAACCUAUGGAGCAAAUGAUUCCAUCAGAGACUACAGCGGAAGAACUCCGGAGUAUUACAAAAAGAAGGAGAAUCCCAACAAAGGCAACAAUUACGUGCGCAAAAAGAGCCGGAAGAAGCAGUCAGAAAAAGAUUUAGGAUUUUUGAGAAUAGGCUCUCUGAAUGUUCGCGUGAAGAAAACAACUGAAGCUUUCAGCAACUUCCUUGGGGUUGGCAGCGGAGCCAUUCAACCCAUGGAAACGAUGAAUGAGAAAGUGCACAAGGGAUGGGGAUCAGCUGACAAUGUCACAAGGGAUAAUGUUAUGGGGGCACCCAAGGGCUAUGCCACCAAAAAGAAGUCCAAACGUCCCAACGAGUCUGGAAUGAGUAGCACGCCAACUACGCCGAAAACUCCCAAUAAAAAUAUGAAACAUUUCGCAAACGACUCGGACUCAGACACGGCAGCAGGAUUUGAUUCUAAUUGGAAAAAUUAAUUCAACUCUUUUAAUUAUUUUUUUAAAUAGGUAUUGUUAAAUACAUACUUAGGUAUGUAUUGUUUGUCAAUUAUACGUAAUAUUGUUUCCAUUAGUUUUUAGUCAUUUUUUUUAUAAUUGUAUUGUGAAUCUCACUCUCGUUAGAUGAAGGUUGUGACAGUUUAUUAUAAUGCAUAGGGCUCAGUUACUUAUUGAAUUAUACUUAAAUUUUGAUAUUGUUUUACCGUAUGUAUCUCAUUCAUCAAUUUGUACAUCACAAUUUUGAGAUUUAUUUUAUGUUAUUUAUGCUAUUUAUUAUGUAUGUAGUUGCCUUGUUUUUAAAUGAAUUUAUUGAGAGGUUUUAUGUUUCAAAUUGUAGCUAUGUUCUAUUUUGGUAAAUAAACUACUAAAUAUAUUUUUAUUAGCAUCAA